ACAGCGCGGGGGCGACCUUUGCGCAAGGCGGGGCCGAGCCGGGCUGGGUCCCUGGCAACUCCGCGCCUAGAGCCACCGCCGCGCAGAAACCAAGCCGGGGUCCCGGCACCGCCGCUAUGGACAUCCCGCCGCUGGCGGGCAAGGUCGCAGUUCUGUCGCUGGGCGCUCUCCCGUUGUCCUACGCGCUCAACCACGUCUCGGCGCUCUCGUACCCCCUGGGGGUGGUGUGGAUGAGCGCCCUGAUCCUGGGUCUGCUCUUCUUGGCUAUAUACAGCUUGUCCCGAAGUGACAUCUACUAUGACCCACUCUAUGCUGUGUUCGCAGUCUUCUCCUUCACCUCCGUGGUGGACCUCCUUAUCGCUCUCCAGGAAGAUGGCUACAUGGGGAGCUUCAUGGCAUUCUACACCAAGGAGGGUGAGCCGUACCUGCGCACGGCACACGGGGUCUUCAUCUGCUACUGGGAUGGCAUUGUUCACUACCUCCUCUACCUGGCCAUGGCUGGUGCCAUCCGUAAAAGGAAGAGGUACCGGAACCUUGGACUCUACUGGCUGGGAUCCUUCGUCAUGAGCAUCCUGGUGUUCCUCCCAGGAAACAUCCUUGGCAAAUACAACUCAGAGAUCAGGCCUUCCUUUUUCCUCACCAUCCCCUACUUGCUGGUCCCCUGCUGGGCUGGCUUGAGGGUCUUCAACCAGACCCAGGCACCAAGCUGCUGCACUCCCAACAUGGUGGAGGAGGAGCAAAGAAAGGGCCUUCUGCAGCGCCCAGUUGACCUGGCCCUCAUCAUCUACCUCAUCUUUGCUGCGUUCUUCACCUUCUUUCGGGGCCUGGUGGUGCUUGACUGCCCCAUGGAUGCCUGCUUUGUCUACAUCUAUCAGUAUGAGCCAUACCUGCGGGACCCCGUGGCCUAUCCGAAGGUGCAGAUGCUGGUGAAUAUGUUCUACGUGCUGCCCUUCUAUGGCCUGGCCAUCUAUGCCCUCAUCUUUCCUGGCUGCUCCUGGCUGCCUGACUGGACCUUGGUAUUUGCUGGAGCCAUUGGCCAGGCACAGUUCUCACACAUGGGUGCUUCCAUGCACCUGCGCACGCCCUUCACCUACCGUGUGCCUGAGGAUGCCUGGGCCAGCUUCUUCAUGUGCAACCUACUGUAUGCUCUGGGGCCCCACUUGCUGGCCUACCGCUGCCUGUGGAGCCCUGCCUUCUUCCUACGCCCGCUUCCUGGCCCCCCAGCCCACCAUGAGAAGCAGUACUGAGGGGGCCAUGGGACUCCCCAAGAUCCUGUUUACAUAACCAGCUGGCCCUGCCCCUGGAAGGGUGGGUUGGGUUUUUUAGAGGCAGGACGUGUGUCUCUGGGUGCCUUCAGUCCUGGCUAUGGUGAUUUCAGGGUGGGAUGGGGGGGCCCAAGGUCCAGGUGUUCCAGCAGAGAAGGCCACGGCCAUGCUCAGCUGUCACCUCACCUAAACUCCACACUGGCACCCUCCCGGAAUUUAUCCAUCAUCCCCCCAUGGAUCCUUUCAGUAAAAUUCCUUUUGACGCAUAAAAUGUUGCUCUGAGUGUUUCAGGGGGCAGGGGCAAGGGACCCUCUCCUCCAAACCCACGAGGGCCCACUCAUCACUGCCAGCAUAACCAUCAGGAGCUGGAGGUGCCGGAGAGCAGAAGUCUACCUCUGGUUGGUGUGCCCAGCCCCAUUUUCCAGGUAGGGAAAACCGAGGCUCAAAGAGGACCAGAGACCUGC